GCUCAGCGGCCGCGCCCGGGUUCCGUUCCCGACAAAACAAUUGAGACUUCUGUGGAAGUGUUACUGGUAUCGGUGCGAGGGAUUCUAACACAUGUGGCCAAAGUACAUAAGGUUCGAUAUAGCGUGGCACAAGCCUGGGUAGUCUGACGAAGCUCCUUGUGCGACGGAAUGAUAGGAGUGUGUGUUAUGUGACGCGGGCCCAGUGAGCGGCAUGCAGGCCCAGCGCUGGACGCGGGCCACGCUCGCGGCGGCCGCGCUGCUGCUGGCGCUCGGGCCCUGCUUGGCCGAGCUUGAUGUAUCUACGGCAGCGGCUUUCGACCCGUCGAAGCGCGGCAGCAUGAUGUAUGGCGACUCGUGCUCGACGGUGAUGGAGUGCGGGUUCCCGGACUCCAUCUGCGACAUGGUGCAGAAGAUCUGUCGCUGCCACCCCGUCACGCCCGUCACCAAUCACGUGGACAAGUGUGGGAAACCGGCGACAAUCAACGACACGUGUAUGUUCAACGAGCAAUGCGAGUACGUAGACUUCAAGACGGAGUGCCGGAACGACAAGUGCGUAUGCAAGUUCGAGAUGGUAGCCGAGGUGACCGUGGACGGCGGUAUUGUUUGCAACCCUGAGAAGGAGGUGGAGGUAUCGACGCGGACCCUGGACCCAGCGAUGAUUGGCGUGCUGGUGGGCAUGGCGCUUAUGUUUGUCAUCAUUUGCGUCGUCCUUCGUUUGUUUAGCAGGGCUCGCUGGAGAGAGAACCGCACGAUCUUCAACACGCCAAACCCUCGACUGAUGAACGUGUCUCUGUUACGUGAUUCCAAGCUUUUGCAUGCACAGGACCGUCGCGGCUCCCGCGUCAGCAUGCGUCCGCCGUCGCGGCAGGCGAGCCAGCAAGAGCUGCGACCGACCUCACCAAACCCCGCACGACAUCACCAAAGCCAUCAGCUACACCGAAAAACCUCAGGUUCAAGAAGAGGUUCUAGGGCAAGCAGCGGUGUCUCUGCGACGUCGCUAAGGUCUGCCACGUUGAGAUCUCCCACAGCACAAGGGCCCACCUCGGUGACCGUAGAAAUCCGCGCACCCGACGCCUAAGCCAAUA